AGAUGAGAUUUAACUUCAAAACAGAAUACUAUUGACUUGGUCACUUUCCCAACAAAAUCUAUAAAGAUUUUGGCCCAAAAUCAUCGGAAAAACAAACCGUUUUUUCCUCCGCAACCGCUCACUUUCCGGCAGCCGCUGCAACACCUCUUCAGAUUCUCUGCAUUCAUAUGCUCAAUGUGAUUAGAAUUGAGUAACAAUGAAGGAAAAUAUGGAUGAUUUUGCAAAAUCCCUUGAAUCUGAGCUUAUGAACUAUUCAACUGAUUACGAAGAUGAGAAAAUCCAUGAGAAUUCUGAGGCAGUUGAGGCAGAGCACUCUGAUGCUACUGAGUGCUCUACCUCAUUUGAUGACUCCGAUUGUGGAGGCGUUGAUGCCUCGGGCGAGGCUGAAGUUUUGUCGGAUUUUGGUGCUGCUGCUGCAUCCGGGAACUUGCUCGUGAAGAGGAGGAAGCUGUCGCCUCAUUGGAGGGCGUUUAUCCACCCUCUCAUGUGGCGUUGCAAAUGGGUCGAGCUGCAAAUGAGCAAGCUCGGUGCAGAGGCCCGAGCAUACGAGAGGAAGCUGCAGGGGUCUGCAGCAAGCGAGGGGGUCGUGUGGAGGAAGAGGAGACGAAGGGCUGAAGCAACAAACGACGUGGCAGCCUACAUGUCGAGCCACAACCUCUUCUCCUACUAUGGUGAAAAUAGGAUUGCUCACAAGGUGUUGAAGACUCAUCCUGCAGUUGGUACGCGCGAGGAUCUUGAUGAGCUGGGAAACGACGAGGGGGGAGAGCACGACAAGGCGUUGGAGGAGAUUCUCAGGAAGCUUGAAGCUCUGCAAUGGCGAGUGCGUAAGCUGAAGAGCAGAGUAGUCGAAUACGAAAAGGAGGAAGAGGAAGAGGAAGAGGAAGAAGAUAAGUUGGCUUGGGUGCAGAGUGGUGCUCAUCCAAGUCCAACCACCACGCGCCGCCGUAUGCCGGUGACAACUAACUACAUAGCGUCUCAGCUUCUAGCAGAGUAUAAUUUGGGCGGCGUGCUCUUGCCGGGAGCCACUCAUCAUCACCCUGCUCCACAAAAUGAGCUAGUGGAAGACGAAGAAGAAGAUGAAGAUGAUGUGCUGAUUGACAAUCACAGGGUGAGAGAGGAGCUGCGUUACUUCAAGAGAGUGAAGAAGGCUCACUCAGCACAGCCUCGUGGGAGAAGGAAAUAAUGUGUUUUCUUCAUUCAUUAUUGGUACAUAGUUUUUGGAUAUUUGUUUAGAGGAAUUUUGUAUAGUGGUAUAUAGAAUGUUAAAUGCAAGACUUUGGUUUUUAUGGAUUGGUGACUUACUUUUUUCUGUUUGAGAAGGAGAAGAAGCUUUUCUGAAUUCUAGUUUUAAAUUCCAAGAUCAAAGAAAAGUAUGCAUUGGGAAUUAGGCAAGUUUCAACCUUUGCUAAGGAAAUGAAGUGGGGUUUUUUU